AUGGCCCUCGUUCGCUUUUUGGGCCUCGUUGCCCUAGCUUUUCAAUGCGCGUUUCUAGCGCGUGCCCAGCAGCUAAUAAGCAAGCACGCAAUGCUCCAGAGGUCACUGGAGGCAGGCACUUGGGCGUUGGAGACUAGAGACAUGUUUGAGGUCAAAACUUGUGAUUCUUGCCAGAAUCUCAUCAGUGUCAUCAAAGGACUGGUUGAGGACAGCGACGAGCCACUUGUUUCGGUCGGGAAAACAUUGUGUUUGGCAAGCACUUCCUACGAUGAGGAAUUCUGUGCUGGUACUGUCGAGCGCGAGGUUCCAGCGCUGGCCGAGCUGGCUCGGAACGUAGAGCCCAACUCCACGGCUGCUAUUCAAUUCUGCAUCACAUUUCUCGGCGUCUGCGACUACCCAAAAGUUCAGGAGUGGACAGUUCCUUUUCCGUCGAAGCCAUAUUGUGAUGCACCGGCCCCUGCUCCCAGCAAUAAGAAGCCUCUGAAAGUCGUUCAUUACAGCGACAUUCAUGUCGAUCCACUCUACGUGACGGGCUCCAGCACUGAGUGCAAGAAGGCAAUCUGCUGCAGACCGUUUACCAAAGAUGAUGAGCCAGGCAAUACAAAAUCCCCUGCUGGACCUUACGGCGACCACAAUUGCGGCGUCCCUGAGUCGCUCGAGCUGAGCAUGUACAACGCGAUCGAGAAAAUGUUUCCGGAUCAAGCAUUUACCAUUUUCACUGGUGACAUUGUUGACCAUAUGCUUUCUAAUACCAGCAAGCCUUAUAAUCUCAAUGAGAUUGACGACGCCUACAACAAGAUGAACGACAGCUUCAAGCUAGUGUACGGCACCAUCGGCAAUCACGAAGUGCAUCCCGUCAACAUCUUCGAGCCCAAGUCGGUUGGAAACGCAUCUCAGUGGGUAUACGAUGCCAUAGCAAAGAAAUGGGCGUCAUGGAUUGGAGACGCCGCCAAACAGGAAGUUCUGGACAUUGGUGCUUACUCUACUAAGUACCCCAACGGCAACUUGCGGGUCAUUUCCCUGAACACCAACAUGUAUUAUCGAUUCAACUUUGCCGUUUAUCAACAAAAGAUGCUGCAGGAUCCCAAUGGUCAGCUAGCAUGGCUGGUGAAGGAACUCGACAAGGCGGAGAAGGCUGGGGAAAAUGUGUACAUCAUUGGUCACAUGCCCAUGGGCACCUCCGAUGCGCUGACCGACUACGCCAACUACUUCGACCAGGUUGUUCAACGGUACUCGACAACCAUUCGUGGCCUGUUCUUUGGCCACACCCACGACGACCAUUUCGAGGUCAGCUACUCGGACUACUCGAAGCGCGACUCAUCACACGCCACUGCCAUGUCCUACAUCUGUCCAUCUCUCGUGCCGACUUCUGGCAUGCCCGCUUUCCGCGUGUACGACGUCGACCCCGAUACAUUUGCCAUUCUCGAUUCCGUUACAUAUAUGGCCGAUAUGGACGACCCAGAGUUCCAAAAGUCCGGACCUGUUUGGAAGAAAUACUACUCUGCCAAAGAGACGUAUGGCGCGCUGCUCUCUCCACCCGUCGCGGCGGAGGCUGAUCUGACGCCAUCUUUCUGGCACAAUGUCACCUCAGCAUUCGAAAGCAACACAACUCUAUUCGACGAGUAUGUAUCUCGCAAGAGUCGCGGCUGGAUCAAGAAGAAGUGCGACGAAGACUGCAAGGAUCGGGAAAUCUGCCAGCUCCGUGCCGGUCGCAGCCAGGAUAACUGCCAUAAGAUCAAGCCUGGCGCGACAUUUAGUAAGAGAGAUGUUCAGUUGGAGCGACCGAGGCGUGCGCAGUGCGACAAUCCGGUCAUGCCUGACAUGCUGCGCCUGCUCGCAUCGCGACAGGAUUUACUUGAGGAUCUUCAAGCGAGAUUUAUUGCCAAAGGCGCAAUGAUUAAGCCCUGGAAGCAAGUAGAGUCCCCGGCUCGCCUACGGUCAUUGAUUCAGCCAUCUCCCCGGAGCGCUGAUGCAGAGUGCGUGAAGCGUGGCUCCACCACUUCAGGUAGUGAAAGCGGCACCGCUACUUCGCCCACAGCAACAAUGUCGCCCAAUUCAUCGGCCCUCACAAUGCAGCUUCCACGGGCGCUGUUCAUGGUCACUACACUUGUUCUCGCCCUAGUCCUGUGCUGA